AGGUAUUGCAUGAUCCAUCUUAUCUCGUCAUUCAUGCAUACGCAUCCUACCUUAAUUUAGCGCCUUCUCUAACAUCCUAUCGAUGAAUUGCACUUGAGUACUUUACGAACAAACAAGCCUGCUCGUAUAGAUAGUUCUAGUUCUACGGAGUACUGUGGAGAGCUCCUCAUAUACCCAAGUUGCGGCUCAACCGACCUUUCGUUACAUGAAGUGUCUUAAAUUUCGAUUAGACAACAUCACCUGUGGAGCAGGCAAACAGAACUUGCGGUUCUAGGCUGCUCAAACUUUACCAAAGAAACAUUCGUUCAAGAUGAUGUCCGCUACGAAUGAAGAUGACCCUUUUCUCCAAGUUCAAGCGUAUGUUAUUUUAGCCUCCUCUCUGUGUUUUACCCCCCUUGCACUUUACCCACCUGCUAGUUGCCUUUCUCCCGCAGUCUGCCUUACCCCUCAUGUUCAGCCCUCUCUUAAGCAGAAACCCUGAAAUCUUCUUCUGCGACCGCAUAUAUGCAUUCAUGCAUAUCACCAACCUCCCAUCUCUUUAUGCCUCCCUUUCCAAUCAUUGCUCUUUAACUCAUGAACUUAUGCGCAAGCUUCAUCCGCCGCAACCGCGCAUAAUCUAAUGUUCAUUACAUCCCAAUUGCGCAUAAUUCAUUGCUAUUAACUCAAACACAUCACUAACUAACACCGGUUCCAGCGAUGUGCACCACCAACUAUCCCUCACCCGACCCCUCUUCACUUCUUAUCUGCGCAUCCACUCCCUAACUAAAUCGCCUCAUCCCACUCCCGAGCUCCUCUCCGCCCGCUCCGACCUAACGACUUCCCUCUCCCUCCUAACAGACGACCUUUCCGACCUACGUGAUUCCAUCUCGGCAAUCCAAGCCGACCCUUACAAAUAUGGUUUACAAAUCGAAGAAGUAUCCCGGCGAGUCCGCAUGAUAGAGGAAAUUGGAGGCGAAGUAGACGAUAUGCGCGAAGAGCUCGAGAAAACCAUGGGAAACCCCACUUCUUCUUCAACUACAAGUGGAGUUGCAUACGAUGACAACAAUGGGUCCCCGUUAGACGACGACUAUGCCGCAGAAUUCGAACACCAGCAACAAAUGCAAAUGCUCAAACAACAAGACGAACAACUAGAUAGUGUGUUUCAUACAGUAGGUAAUUUACGCCAACAAGCCGAUGAUAUGGGUCGUGAACUCGAAGAACAAUCGGGGAUGCUACGAGAUGUGGAGACGGUGACGGAUCGCGUGAGUGGCAGGUUACAAGGUGGUAUGAAGAGGAUGAAUCGAUUGGUGAAGGAGAAUGAGGAUCCGUUGAGUAGUUGUUGCAUUGGGGUAUUAAUUUUUGUGCUGAUUUUGUUGUUAAUACUUGUGCUUGUUUUAUGAAGGGUGGUAGUUAAGAGCAGGAGGGGAGAGUUUCUUCUUCCCUCCUUUUUUCUUCCUUCCCCAUUUUCCUAUAUUCCUUUCUUUUCAUCUAUUUGUAAUAAGAUCAAGCAUCGGAGUUCAGGCGUUGGAGAAAUGGAGCGAUACACGGGAAACCAAAUCAGAUCAUUCAGAUCUAGAUCAGCAAAAGGCCUAAGGUAUGGAUGUCAUGGAAAGGAUAGGAUAGGAUAAGACAGAAGAAUUAAUGAACUCGAAAAACGUAGAC